AUGCCAAUACUUCAUUUGACCUUGAUGAUUUUCAUCGUAAAUUUAAACCAACAAGUUACUCUCAAACGUAUUUUAUACAAUCAAACAUUGAAUGUCGAAGAGCACAGUACGGUUGAACUUGACUGUCGAAACGAGCGACAAUUAGUUGCAUGGAGAAUAAGUUUACAUCACGAUGAUGCCUAUCGGUAUUACUACAUCAAUUCCAAAUCACGCAACGAGUUUUCACUGAAAAAUGAAGUUGAAGAGAAACCACAAAAUGUCAAGUUUGAUCACAAUCAGUACACAAUGAUAAUUUCUAAUGUUCGUCAAUGGAUGAAUAUUGCGUUCGAGAAUAUUCAAUGUGUUUUAUAUGAUAAUGAAACAAAUCUGUUUGAAAUUAUGGUUUUCGAUUUGAAUAUUUACGGUGAAAAACAAAGUUUCCACAAAAACUCUAUUUUAUUCUGCUAUUCUACUCUAGUUUCGCCCUUUUCAUUUUCAUUAAUUAUUAACAAUACUCUUAUGGAAAAUCGAUCGAUAUUUUGGUUUUCUCCACCUCAAUAUGUCAACAUCACGUGUGAAAUCUAUUCUUAUCCCAAAUCUCAACUACAACUUCAACUAAACGAUCAAUUAAUCCAAAACCAAUCUGAUCACCUUAACACAUCAUAUAUCGGUUAUCAAAAGAAUCGUAGCAUCGCAAAAGGAAUAUCAGCCAAUUUGCAGACAAGCCGAACGAGCCAAGCUACGUUGUUUAAACAAUCGGACAGAUUUCUUCCAGGUUUGUGCUUAGCUGUUCUUUCCAUAUAUUAUGUAACACAUUUUUCAAGCAGUUGUCUCGAAAAAUUAUCGAGGUUCGCAGCUAAACUAAACGAUGAACCGUCACAAGGGUUUCGCGUUUGUUUAAUUCUCAUUUUUAUUACUAUUUUAAUUAUUGGCUUCAUUGGCAAUACUCUUGUUCUUCUCUCUGUUUCAACCAAUCACAUUAAAAUUCGUCGAUCAUCUACAAAUCUUCUUCUUGUCAAUAUGUCCUGUGCUGAUUUAGUUAUUCUUACUUUCAAUAUCCUCGACGUAGUUCAAUUUUCCUACGAUCGAUUCUGGCCAACAGCUUGGUACCUUGGCUUGUAUUUAUGUAAGAUAGUUCGCUUUUUUCAGGUUCUUGGCUGUUAUGUGAGUGUUCAAACAUUACUUGUGAUCAGCAUCGAAAGAUAUAUCGCCAUCGUUCAUCCUGUGAAAAUUUCAUCGGUUAAUCGUCGUAAACGUCUUUCAUUGACAUUCGCUUUGAUAUGGUUGAUAGGGGUUUUAAUGGCGUUGCCAAAUCUAUUUUUAUUGACUUUGCACGAGCUUUACAAUCGUCCCGGAUAUUUCAUCUGUGGUCUUUCCGAUCGACCGAAGCACUCGACUUGGAUCUUAUUGUAUAAAUAUGUCGAAUCGAUUUUGUUCUUUUUCAUACCGAUUUUUGUACAGGCAACACUUUACAUAAUUAUUUGUCGAAACAUCUUUAUCGUGGAUCGUGCUGUUCAAGCCAAUUGCCGCAGUGAGCAAUUACAGCAAAGCUCAAUUAGUGAAUCGCAUCGGCAAUACUCGGGUACAAAGAUGAGUUCAUUAAUGCAAACGCCAUUGCAUGAUCAUCAUAUGAGUUUGAUUCCAAUGAGUUCCCCACGUUCCCAAACACAUCUUAUGACAAUAUCUAAUUCUUCGCAGAAAAACAGCGAUACCGCGCGAAAGAACGCCAUUAUUAUGUUAUUACUCGUUGCCAUUCUCUAUUUCAUUGCAUUUUCACCGGGACAGAUUAAUUUCGUCUAUGCUCAAAUCAAUCAAUUGCAUCAUUUGUACGAAAAUCUAAAUUUUUUCGCCAUAAAUUCAACAUCAUUCUGCGUAGUUUAUGUCCCAUAUGUCGCAUUCACGCGCGACGACACAACAAUUUCCCGAUGA